AUGAUGGUUCUCGCCAAGCUGUCUGCGACAAGGGUCAUCUUGGCACCGGCGCUUUUCUUUCUCUGCGUUGUGGGGCAGACUAGCCAUACGGUGACCACAGGUCUGCAAGGCAGCUUCUUCGACCCCGCGACACUCUCAGUCCAACUGAACGAUACCGUCAUCUUCGUUUUUUCUGGAGCCGUUCACACAGUUACCCAAAGCACAUUCGAAAACCCUUGCGUUGCCCUUCCCGGCGGAUUCAACAGUGGCGGGGCUGGGACAAACAAUACAGCGAUACCACCACCCACAUGGACUUUGCAGAUCACCAACGUCAGCGCUCCCAUAUGGUACUUUUGUCAAGUAACAAGACCACAGUCUCAUUGCGCUGCUGGGAUGGUUGGUGUGAUAAAUACGCCUAGCAUUUCGAUGUUCCAGCAAUUCCAGGCCGCUGCGAAGGCAGUCUCAGGCACACCCGCACCUGUCUUCACAGUAGCACUCCAAGGAUCAGGGGCUUUUGCAACAGCAGCUCCCAGCACUCCGCCCUUCACCAGUCCACCAGCAAGCUCUGUCACUGUCACAGUAUCUGCAUCUACCACGAGUUCAACCACUCCAACCCCGACUUCAAAGUCAUCUUCCUCGAAGAAUGUCGGAGUUAUAGUCGGCGGCGCGGUAGGCGGUGUGAUGGGGGGCAUAAUUCUCAUUGUCCUCCUUGCCAUCUGUUGGCGCACCUAUAGCAAUGGUAACCGCACACCGGUAAGGCGUGAGCCCUCGCCCAUGGUCACGCAAGAGCUUGGGUAUCAGUACAGGGAGCGCCCAUACACCACCAUGACCGCCGACGAUCCUGGCACGCUGUCACCAUCCAAGAGCUUGAACACAGUCCACCGCCUUGAAUCUGAUGGAAACAUGUCGGCUAUAGCUUCAACGUCAUCACCCUUGAUGCCCAUGCGACAAUUUGACAGCAGAAAUUCUAACCCCCUUGUUCCCGUCCGUCGGCCGGUCGCUGGCCGGAGCGGGACACUGGCUAUGCAAGGUCAUGUCCAGCAGAAUGGAAGUUUGAGCGCAAUCGAAACGCCCCGGAACGUUGAUUCGUCAGACGUCGCCUCAACUUCUUCGCGGUCAGAUCGAGGAGCAGCUGCGGGUAUUGAUAUACAGUCGCUUGCACAAGAGGUUGCAGCCGUUUUGCGUUCUACGUCGGCGAACGCUUCCCCUCCUCCAAAUACGAAAGAAGGGCAGUCACGAUUGAUCAUAACCAAUGAUGAUGACUCCCAGGUUAGGCUGGCGAGUACGAGCGGUCAUAGAGAUAACGAACGCGAUAACAUGACUACGGAGAGCCCGCCACCUCAUUAUACAAUUGCUGGAGGUGGCCAGCGAAACUGGUGA